AUGAAACAAAUCAUCGCUCGCAAUGUGCCACAGCUGGUGAAUCUUUUGCUGAAUUCCAAGGAACAGGAGCAGGAUCAUGUUAAAUACGAAGAAUGUGUGAAUUACGGCGUUUACAUGUUGACCAACUACAAUAGACCGCCGUGCAAAUCCGAGAGUGUCCUGCGCAACAUGGCGGACUUUGUGGAGCGAUUUCAAUUGGAGCAACUGGAGGAGCUGGGUGAAACCAUCAAGAUGCUGAGUCUAGUGGUUGUCGAUGAUAAACACUGUCCGGAGGACCUCAAAUACUCAGUGCUGGAAUUCAUGCUCUCGGUGAACUUUAAAGCAUUUCGCACAGCACGCAUUAAUUUCAAGGAGAUCAUGUUACGGCGUAGUAAUCUCCUGGAGUCGCUGGCCAUGGCCUAUAAGCAGCGGGAGGAGCCAGCCAAUAGCAGCGACUACAGGUCGAACUCGGUAAGACGACCACUUGACUUGGAGUUGGAAGUUCGCAGCUUUGGCAACAGCUCAUUGUCUGAUUCGAUGAAUCUGUCGCUGGAUUUAUCGCUGGACUUAUCGAUAGACACAUCCCAGGACUCGGUGGGCUCCUCAACGGAGCAGCAACAGUUGGUAAACGAGGGGCAGGGGCAGGGGCAGGGGCAGGGGCAGGUGGAGCAGGCGGAUGAUCAGGCUGCCAGACAAAGUUUCUGGCUGGCACUCAUGCAACUGCAACAGGAGUCGCAGGAGCCAUGCAACCAGGAAUAUGAUGCCGACAACUCAGUGCAGCUCAACAGGACGCAUCCUUUGGGCAGUUUUGCCGUGUCCUUUGCGGACUAUCUGCGUCGUCCGCUGCAGGAUGAGGAGCUGGGGGAGGAGGCAUUCCUGCUGCAGGAGUUGCUGGCCAUGUUCUUUCAACCCUGCGAUUGUCGUCACUUUGAGCUGGUCGAUCAGCUCAUACAGCUGCGAUCGACUGCCACUUGCAACAACAGUCUUUGCGCGCUGUUGCAACAGUUUCUCAGGCCACUGCAGUACAUGCAACUGUUGCAACUGUUCAUCGAUUGCCACGAGCAUCAAAUGGAGACUUUGACAUGCCUCACGGCCGCCUUGCGUCGGCUGCUUAAACCCGUUGUGGAAUCGUUGACGCACUUUGAGCAACGUGUGGCAAGUGGCAAGGAGCAGGCCACAUUGCACUGCCUGUUGCGUGCCACAAAGCAUAGCUUUCAACGGCUGCAGCUGCUGUGGCACUUGUCCGUUGCCAGCUACGUGUGGCAGCCACAGCAGCAGAUACUUGCCACACAUAUUCGCAGUCAGCGCAUCAUUUGCAAUCUGCUCACACUGAUCACAGCGGACUCUAAGCUGGAUAGAGGCAGUGCCGCAGCAUUGCUGUUGCACGUGUUGCAAGUCUAUUGUCAGUUCCUGGACAGCUGGUGGCAACUGGGUGAAUUUCAGGACUGCCUGGAAGAGUUUCCAGCCAUGCGACUGGAGUUCAAAGGACACUCCGAAUAUGUGAUGCGGGAGCUUUCUCUGGAGAAUUGUUCUAUCUCUGGUAUUAUUGAGCAGCACAUUAAAUCCGCCGGAAUUUCACUUGCCCUGCUCUACGAUUCCAGGCGCUUGUCAGAUUUUGUGGGCAUUCAUCGCUGUCUUUUAAAGAAAUCACUGCAUCACACGCUGGUCAAGUGUGUGUUGCAACAACUCAAGUCCUAUCAGCUGAAAGCGGUUAAGAAAGUGUCCACUGCACCGGACAUCUUCAAGCAGCUAAAGUCCACAGAGAACGAGCAGCUGCGUUCCUUGUACUACGCCUACUAUAAGGAGUCCUUGCUGGACUUCAAGCAGCCCCUCAUUUGUGGCAUUGAUGAGUUGCUGCAACAAUGUCAGAAUUGUGUGAGUUACACGCCGUUCCACCAGCUCAUCUGUCUCUCUCUGGAGCGGCUUCUGGAGGAGCGAGUGUUGCUCAUCAACGCAUUUGUGUUGCACCUGCUACGUGUGGAGUUGCAACUGGCUAAAGUGCUUGGAGAUCUGCGUUCCGUUUACUUGUUGCUCAACUUUCGAGUGUUUGGGUCAGAAAUCGAGCUUGCCUUGGAGCAACUGCAGCAGGGACUAAUCCCGUCUGCCACUGAGCAGCUGCAGAGCAUCGUGGACAGUCAAAAUACCCUGCAAGGACAUCAAUUCCUUGUAACACUUCCCUCUGCAGAUCUGCAGCAGCUUUCAAUCCUCUACAGCUGUGAUCCUGCUUUGUCUUGCAUCAUCACAGAUUCUCAAUUGCAGACUUACAACAUUGCCUGCCGUCAGCUGUUGCAACUAAAUAUUGCCAUACGCAAGUUGCAACAGCUGCCAGAGCUGCCUUGCGAUCCUGUGGCAGUUGCAAGUCUGCUAAACUUAAAGAUAGAUCUGGAAUUGAGCCUGGCGCAACAUUUGAAGACGAAGCAGUUGCAACAAGCGGCAGCUCAAUGUGAUGAGCACUUGCAACAUUGUGUGAGUGUGCCACAGCUGCAACAGUUGCACGCUGCAUUCGUGCAACAAACAUCAGACAUUCUGCUGACUCACCAUGAUGUUAAUAGUAAUCUUCAGGAGCUGCUCAUGUUGGCAACAAUUCUGGCCAAGCAUUGGCAACGCUUACAACGUGUGUUGGCCCAGUCAACGGAAUGUGGCAAGUUGAAUGACUUUGAGGCACAUUAUUCUGAGAUAAACAAGCGUUAUUUGCUAUCCAUCAACAGGCUAAGCGAAUCGAUGCAGUGUCUCUUAGCCUGGCCAAAAGCCGAUGGCCAAUAG